UUGUAGUCUCGACCUGAGCGAGCAGGCAUGGCGGCUUCCAUUGCAGGGGGCUGCGGGACCGCAAAGGACCUGGCUCGGAGCUUUCGAGUCGUCGGGGCGCUGCUGCCUGCGCGGGUCUCUGUCUCCAGCCGGGCCCGCGUGGUUCUCGGCCGGCAGCAGAGCACUGGACCUUCCGAGCCCGGCGAGUUUAAGCCGCCGCCGAAACCGGUUAUCGUGGACAAGCGCUUGUCCCAGCGCCGGGAAAGCAGGUUCUUGAGUCCCGAAUUCAUUCCUCCACGGGGAAGAACAAAUCCUCUGAAAUUUCAAAUAGAAAGAAAAGAUAUGUUAGAAAGGAGAAAAGUACUCCACAUUCCAGAGUUCUAUGUUGGAAGCAUUCUCCGUGUUACUUCAGCCGACCCAUAUGCCAGUGGAAAAACUAGUCAGUUUCUGGGGAUUUGCAUUCAAAGAUCAGGGUCAGGACUUGGCGCCACUUUUAUCCUUAGAAAUACUAUAGAAGGACAAGGAGUUGAGAUUUGCUUUGAUCUUUAUAAUCCUCGAAUCCAGGAGAUCCAAGUAGUUAAAUUAGAGAAACGAUUGGAUGAUAACUUGUUAUACUUACGAGAUGCCCUUCCAGAAUACAGCACUUUUGAUGUCAAUAUGAAGCCUGUGGCAGAAGAAUCUAGCCAAGAAGUUCCUGUUAAUCAGCUGAAAGUAAAAAUGAAACCAAAGCCCUGGUCCAAACGCUGGGAACGUCCAAAAUUUAAUAUUAAAGGAAUCAGGUUUGAUCUUUCUUUAACCGAAGAACAAAUGAAAGAAGCUCAGAAGUGGAAUCAGCCAUGGAUUGAGUUUGAUAUGAUGAGGGAAUAUGACACUUCAAAAAUUGAAGCUGUGAUAUGGGAUGAAAUUGAAGCAUCAAAGAAGUCCUGAUUCUGAGGAUGAACUUGGUUACUUGCCGAGGAUGUAUUGACUCUCAGGUUUAUUUAGACACCAAUUUAACUUCAUGUAUAAAGACAGUCAUUAAAUCAGCUAAGCAUUCUUUAUUUUGUUAGAACUUUUCUUAAAAAGUGAAAUUAGGGGCCUCCC